CGCGGGGCGCGGCCGCUCCGGCCCGGGGCGCGGGGCCGCUCCGCCACCGCGGGGCUGCGCACGGCAGCCCAGCUGCCGGCACGCAGGAGACGUGCCUUCGCUCGGCCCCUCGGGGCCUGAUCCUGCUGCGCGGGAACCCUGAGCGAGGCCGCUGAUGGCAGGGGAUGGGAGGAUGCGUGAGCUGUGCCGGCUGGUCCUGUCCACGUCCCGGUCCCUGUCCUGUGGCCAGGCUGUGCCGGGGCAGGCGUGAUGCUCGCAGCUGGCACGGCGGCUGUUCUGCCUCUCGGCACCCCUGGUCUGACGCUGUCCCCUUGCUGUCUCCUCCGUCUCAGAUGCGCCGAGUCGAGCCGAAACCACCGAGAUCCACCAGGCCGGCGGCCACGUGACCAAGGCAGCGCGGCACCAUGCCUGCGGCAGAGCGGGUCCUCCUCCGCUCGGUGACCAUGUGGCUGCUCCUGCAGAGCCUUCUCCUCCUGGCCUCCUGCCUCCGCUCGGCCGCCGCGUUCCCCAAGGGCUGCUACCCCUCAGAAGAGGAGGGGCUGAAGACCUUCCGCUGCAGCAAUGCUCGGCUGACCGAGGUCCCCAGGGACAUACCCAACGACACCAACAAGCUCUACCUGGACUCCAACCGAAUCCCAUUCCUGCCCCGCGACGCCUUCCGGGACCUGCCGCUCCUGCUGGAGCUGGAUCUGUCCCACAACGCCAUCGCCAGCGUCGAGAGCGGGGCUUUCCGGGGCCUGGCAGAGCACCUGCACUCUCUGGACUUGUCUUCCAACAGGCUGGUGUCAGUCAGCAAAGACGCCUUUAGCAACCUGAAGGCCAAGGUCAACCUCUCCGACAACCCCUGGCUGUGUGACUGUCGGCUGCAGGAGCUGAUCCGCACGGUGGACCUGGUGGCCGGCUCCUCGGGCGGCAUCGUGUGCGACUCCUCCGCGCAGGAGGAGCACGUCGGCAAAGCUUUCCUGCAGGUGAUUGCCGACACGGACUUCUGCAACGUGUACAAAAAGACCACGGACAUCGCCAUGCUGGUCACCAUGUUCGGCUGGUUCGCCAUGGUGAUCUCCUACCUGGUCUACUACGUGCGGCAGAACCAGGAGGACGCCCGGCGGCACCUGGAGUAUCUCAAAUCCCUGCCCAGCAAGCAGCGGAGGUCGGAGGAGUCGUCCACCAUCAGCACCGUGGUGUGAGGCACCGGCAUCCUGCAGGACACGGGGACCCGCGGAGCUGGGGAUCGGCCACUCCGCAGGCUCGCCAUGGCUGCAGGAGCUGUCACGAGCCACCGUCAUUGCAGAGAAAUAGUCACAGAUUUGUUCGGUCCUCUCCAAGGAAGCAGCAUCUGGCAGCAGAAGCCACGGCCGGCGAGUGCCUGGCUCUGGCACAGCGAGGGGCGAAGUGGCUGUGGCCAGGGGCGGUUAUCGGCAACAAGCACAGAGCAGCCACGGCAUCCACCCACUGCCUCUGAGUUACAAAGGACCGGAGAGACCCCGAGCAUCCCCCUGGCAUGCGGCCGUUGCUCCGACCGACCUGGACAUUCAGACUUCAUUUAAAACUUUUAUAUUUCCUUUGCAGAGAUCCCUUGGGGCAUUAAGGAAAUCAAUGUUUUAAUCCCUCCCUGGCUUACCCUCGGCUGCCCGAGGGAUGUUCCCGGCAGUGUGGGGCAGCCUGGGCCUGGCUCCCUGCCUGGAUGGGCAGCGGGCAGGGCUGGGCUGCGGGGAGGAGCGGUACGGCCACAAGGCCAGUGCCCUGCCGGGUCGCCGACCCCGGGACGGUCACGGGCUGUGACUGCAGCCCGGCGGGACCGAAGGACAGGGCGGGAGGUGGGGACGCAUCGGUUGGGAAAGGCAAGAGGCAGGUCCGGGGGUGCCCAGCUCUGGCUCUCGUGCCGGACGGUGCCGCCCCAUCUCCCAUCUCAGCCCCCGCUGCUCCCCGCUCCUUUCCCGCCAGGCCAGGCGGAGUGAGGGGUGUGGGGGAUCCCGCUCGGAGACGGGGUGGCUGGUGGGCAAACCCAGCACCUUCCCCCUCGGAGCACACCGUUCCUAUAAAAAGCAAAUGGGGAAUAAGAAGCAAAUGGGAAAUGAGCUCCUCUGGGUCUGAGCCCUCCGGGGCCCCCAAGGGAUGUGGGUGCUGCUGGAGGGGAACCGAGGGGUCCAGGCGGUGGGUCCAGCCCUGCCGGGAUGUCGGGGGGAGCCGGUUUCCCCUCGGUGCUCCCCGCAGACCACAUAGGUGGGUGUUUGCAGCCGGGUAGCACCCCUCCCCAGCCUGCUCCGAUCUGCCGCCGGAGCAGAGCUCCCACCUCUCACUCAAGGACUCACAAGCUGCCGACCAGUCACUGUGACGGAAAGCGGGGAUGGAGGGAGCCGCCGUGGCUCCUCCACCCUCUCCCCACUCCCGCGCUGCUGGCAGGAGCCUGAAUUUCCCCUAAAAUGCCCCAAAGUCCCUUCUUGACACUUCCAGUAUUGGGCUGCAGGUUCCUGGUGUUGGUAGGUAGAGGCGAGGCUGGGGUGCUGGGGGCUGGCGUGGGUGGGGGUCGGUGCCCACCUUUGGGCGUGCAGGGUCCAAGUGGCAAUUCAGAGCAAAGCCAGAGCAGACCCAGACUCUUCCAACCGAGUGUCUGGCCCCUGAGAGAGCUGUUUUUGCUGGUUUUGCCCUUUUUUUUAAACCAACUGAAGCUAAAUUGCCUUAAUUCACCAAGAGCACCAACCAAAGCUGCUUGAACGUCCUCUGUACUGGGCCAGACCCAGCUCCAGCUGCCCCGGAGCAGCGGGAGCUUAUUGCCAGGUCCAGCCUCAGACCCUGGUGCAGGCAGCGUGUUUCGGUGCAGGCAGGGCUGCAGUCCCUGGCUGCUGCCCAUCCUGCCGUGCCCCGGUGCCGGCGGGAACCGUGGGAUAGAGCUGGCCGGGAGCGGCACCCGCGCCCUUCCACAAGUGCCUACUUUCCCAGCGCAGACCAGGGGCUCUGCAAUGCACAAGCACCUCAGCCCCAGCUCCAAUCCAGGCAUCCCCUGGGCCCGCAGCCCCACGGCAGCUCCCCCCUUCCAGACAACCGGCUGCGGAGAAAAGGGGCCGGGGGGACCGGACCGAGCCACCGUGAGCGGCUGCACCGCGGCCCCGGGGUGCUGCUCCCCUGCGGACACCCCUGGGCGGCUGCUGUCGUGCCCGUGGUGUGCGGGGACACCCGGGACCGUCUCACCCAAUAUGUGUUUUGUUUAAGGGACCUUUUACGUUCUUACUUUAUACAACAAUAAAGUUGGCUUUUACUUUGGA